AUGAAAUCGCUAAGGCAACAAAUUGUCUGGUGCGUACUGCCCACCUGCCUCCUUUGGAUUUUCCACCAACUGGCGCUUAGUCAGGCUUAUCUGCGCAGCGUACGCAUCGAGGAGAUACCAUUUAGUCUGGCCGAUAGCGCCGAUGAAKCGCUUCAAAAGGAAGGCCGCUUAUUCGGRCCGAGCUUAGAGGCARAAGAGCGAGGCAUACUAGCGAAAUCUGGACUAGAACARCGGCGCGGCUUCUUCCAUCUCUUCAAUAUUCCAUAUAUAGUUUGCUUCUUUGCCGCCAAAGGCAAAUGGCCCUUUAUACCGACCUUCAUGCAAGGACGUGUCGAUGCAACGGCCAGGACAUUUUUCAAACAAAACGAUAGCGCYAUAAAGCAGUUUUGCCAAAAGUGGAUACAGAUAAAGCAGUGUUUCAGACCACUUUUCGCAACUACAAGCCCCAGCGAUGUUGAGCAGCUUGAUCCACUACGCUCCACACCUUGCACUUGCGCUAACUCGAACGAACCGAUUGUUUACUUCGAUCGCGAUCACAUUGGCAAUGUAAGCCGUGACACGAUCCUGAGUACCAUUGAGUUUCUAGAAACUUUUCUGGUUCCACCAGUGUCGCCCACGAAGAAGUCGAAAAAGAAAAAUCGCGUACGUAGUCGCGUGGAUGAAAUGGAUAUUGAAUGAA